AGCCUAAAAUCCUUUCUUGGAAUGUAAGGGGGAUCAAUGAUGUCAAUGAACGUCUCCGCAUUAUAUCUUUUCUUCAUAGCUGGAAAAUUGACAUUGUUCGUCUUCAAGAGACUAAGUUGAGUUUUAUUGAUAGAAAUAUUAUUCGUAGUUUGUGGGGUUGUUCUUUUAUAGGGUGGUGUUAUCUACCUUCGUUGGGCGCUUCAGCAAGUGUGUUGUUGAUGUGGGACAAGAGAGUGGUGGAGUUGGUAGAGGAUUGCAUUGGGUAUUACUCAGUGGCUGUUUCUUUCAAGAAUAUUGAGGAUGGGUGGAGGUGGGCUUUUGCGGGCGUGUAUGGGCCUAAUGUGGAUAGUGAUAGAAGUUUUUUGUGGGAGGAAUUGGUAGGUUUCUAUUUCUUAUGGGAUUUACCAUGGUGUUUGUGUGGAGAUUUUAACAUUGUUCAGUUCCCUAGUGAGAGGGCGGGGGCAUCUACGUCAACAGGGGCUAUGGAAGACUUCUUGGAGCUAAUUUUUUAUCUGAAUCUCGUGGAUCUCCCUUUGGUAAGGGGGCUUAUACUUGGUCUAACAAUAGAGGGUGAUCAAGGUUGGAUAGAUUUCUAGCCUAUUCUCCUUGGGAGACACAUUAUCCGGAUUUAUGUCAGAAGAGAUUGCCACGCAUCUGUUUUGAUCAUUUUCCAAUUUUGCUUGAUUGUGGUGGCAUUCAUAGGGUAGGUGUUAUUUCAAAUUUGAGAAUAUGUGGCUUGAAGUUGAUGGAUUUGUAGAGAAAGUGAGGAAUUGGUGGGCUUCUUAUUCCUUUAAUUGUACCCCUAGUUUUAUUGUGGCAGGUAAACUUAAAGCCCUUAAGACUGAUUUAAAGAAGUGGAAUGAUGAAGUCUUUAGACAUAAGGGAGUGCAGAAAAAUCUUCUUUGGGAUGAGUUGCAUGCAUUGGAGGAUGGGGAAGAUAACGAGGAGUCCUUGUUAAGAAAGAAUGAGGUUGUGUUUGAAAUCGAGAAAGUUUUAUUGAUGGAAGACAUAUUUUGGAGGCAAAAAUUAAGGGUGCUUUGGUUGAAGGAGGGGGACAAAUGCACUAAGUUUUUUCACAAGAUGGCUAAUUCUCAUAGGUGCAAUAAUGCUAUUGAGGUUCUUCAUUCCGGCUCUAAUGUGUUUCAAUCUCCCAAUGAGAUCCAAGAUCAUAUAGUGAAGUAUUAUGAAGAUCUCAUUUCUGAGACAGCAGAAUGGCGUCCUAAACUUGAUGGUUUGAAUUAUGACCAGUUGGAUUCUGGUGCAGCAAGUUGGUUGGAAAGGCUGUUUGAAGAAGCGGAUGUGCAUCAGGUGGUGUGAGGUAUGUGCAAAGAUAAAGCCCUAGGUCCAGAUGGCUUUUCUAUGGCUUUUUUUAAGGAGUGUUGGGAUAUAGUGAAGGAAUAAGUGAUGCAGGUAUUCCAUGAUUUUCAUUCUUGUCAUAAGUUUGAGAAGUCCAUAAGUGCUACUUUUAUUCCCCUCAUUCCGAAGAUAGCUGGUGCCUAUGAGUUGAAAGAUUUCCAUCCUAUUAGUUUGGUAGGCAGGAUUUAUAAAAUUAUUUCAAAGGUGUUAGCUAACCGUAUGAGUAUGGUGAUGGAUAAAAUCAUUUCUAAACCUCAAAAUGCUUUCGUUAGAGGCCGGCAAAUACUGGAUUUAGUUCUUAUUGCGAAUGAGUGUUUGGAUAACCG